AUGGUUUUCCAAGGCGGGAGCCCCAGUCGGGCAAGCUCUGGUUCGGUGAACGAGGGUUUCAGAAUCAGCGGGGACUCGGACGACGGCUGCGGCGAACCAGAAGCGCUCAUGUCGUCGUCGUUGCUGGUUUCAUUUUCGUGGUACUGUUUCUGCUUCUUGACCCAGUCCUCGGUGCUAGAAGAGUGUUUUGACGCAUUGUCGUCGAUCCGCGUCGGGCUCGAGGGGGCCACCGACGACAUGGCUGGGCGUUUCAAGCCGCCUGGUCCCGAGAAAGAGCUCGACAUGCGGCUCUCGUUGUCGGAGUACGGUCGUGGUGCAUGUGCGGGUGGCGGUGGUGGUGGUGCCGCAUUCUGUGGAAUCGGUGGUGAGGCAGGAACGCACCAGGGGGCGGAGGAAAACCCAGUGGAGGAGGUGGUGGAGGCAGCCCCAGUCCAGGAGGAGGAGGAGGUGGGAGAUCUGGUUCAACUUGGCCAAUCUCUCGGAUCUGGCUGGAGCACCGGUCUUGAUCUGGCCGGUUCUCAAACCAACAGCAAUGUCGGCGAUGGUGGUGUCCUCGGUCUCACCAGAUCUGUGGGACACCAUGACACCCCAGCCGGCGGCGUAGGAGUCGGUGGCGGCCUUGAUGGACUCGGUCAGAGUACCGAUCUGGUUGACCUUGAGCAACAGGGCGUUGGCGGCCUUCUUCUCGAUGGCAACCUUGAUUCUCUCUGGAUUGGUCACGGUCAAGUCGUCUCCAACAAUCUGGAUCUGGGUCUUGGUGUAGAAGUGGGACCAAGCCUCCCAGUCGUCCUCGGCGAAUGGGUCCUCCACAGACACAAUUGGGUAGUCCUUGAUCAAUUGGACGUACAGGUCGGCCAAUUGCUCACCGGUGAGCCACUUGGAAGGAUCCGAGUCUGGGUUCUUGAAGUCCAAGUCGUACUUUCCGUCGUGGUAGAACUCGGAGGAGGCCGAGUCCAGGGCAAUGCCGAUCUUGCCGGUGUAGCCAGCAGCCUCAAUGGCGUCGACAAUGAGGUCCAGGGCCUCUUGUGGAGUGGAGAGGUUUGGAGCAACACCUCCCUCGUCACCGACGUUACCGGCACUUUGGCCGUACUUCUUCUUGGCCAAGGACUUGAGGUGGUGGUAAACUUCAGAACCAAUUCUGAGACCCUCGGAGAAGGAAGGAGCACCGGUUGGAACAAUCAUGAACUCUUGGAAAGCCAAGGAGCCACCGGCGUGCGAACCUCCGUUCAAAACGUUUUGGAAAGGAACAGGCAACACAAAUGGCUGUGGAGUCUUGGAGAUGUCGCUGAUGUGUUGGUACAAUGGAACACCCUUGUAGGCAGCGGCGGCCUUGGCAGCAGAAAGAGACACUCCGAGAAUGGCAUUGGCUCCCAAUUUGCCCUUGUUUUUGGUUCCGUCCAGCGAAAGCAAGAACUCGUCGAAUUUCUCCUGGUCCAAAACAGAAACCUUGGCCUUAACGACAGCAGGUGCAAUGAUGUCGUUGACAUUGGCAACAGCCUUCAAAACACCCUUACCAAGCCACUUGGACUUGUCACCAUCUCUCAAUUCCAAGGCCUCGUGGACACCAGUACUGGCUCCAGAAGGAACAAUCGAACGGAAAAGUCCCUUAUCGGUGGUCAAGUCCACCUCCACAGUUGGGUUUCCUCUGGAGUCCCUGUUCCGGGCGAUUCUCCGUUGCUGUUGUGCGAGGCCUCCAAUAGACAACUUCUGACCCUCUCCCAUGUGGACCUAUCGCCAAACCCUCCUGUCCGCGGCAACAACUUGACUAUUGUUGCCAGAGGAGCUCUGUCCACAGAAAUCACCGAUGGCGCUUACGUCGAGGUCGACGUUUCCUACGGAUACAUCAAGUUGCUGCAUCAGACUUACGAUAUUUGCGAAGAGCUGCCUAACGUGGACAUGGAGUGUCCUUUGGAGAAGGGCUACUACGACUUAGUCAAGGAGGUGGAGAUCCCCAACGAGGUGCCACCUGGAAAAUACACCGUUGUGGCCAAAGCAUACACAGCAGAAGACGAACUGAUCACAUGCCUCACUGGUACGGCAGAGUUCCCGCCCUACGGCGUGAAACAGGCUAUUGAAUGGAUUUGGUGA